AUGACUUUGGUACGGUUGUCUCCACAUCAGAUAUACGACACUCUCCUAAUACAAAUAGAUCCUGCAAAAGCAGCAGCGGCAUCUCUUCGCUUGGACGCCACAAUCUCUCGCGAGCUCUUCCUCCAAAACGUCCCAGAACCUGCUCUGGACUACGCCGUCGAUCUCCUUACCUGGACCACUGGAAAGCUCACAGCAGAUCAGCUAAAAGACGAAUACUCCCUCGAAACCUUUGCCGGCCUGCUGAAAGUCGCUCUUCAAUACGACGAAGACCACUAUCACGAAUACGUCGCCAUUCUCGUGCAUUACAUCCAAGAUCCUGAGUUCCAACAGUCCGUUGCAACCCCAAAAUUCGUCGAUGAUCUCGUCGUCCUCAUGCUGGACUUUGAAGCCAGGAUCUCAGCAGACGACAUCGAAGCAGUAUUUCAAGAACUUGCCCUUACCAAACCCGACGAAGCACAGCAGUCGGAAGAGGCAAGCGUCUUGCUACUUUCGCAGCUCAUCAACUCCAUCUCUGCCCUCUCCGCCACAGAUGCAUUCGCGCAAAAUUUCAACGUCCGCAGUGCAGUCAUCGAACGCAUUCGCGCGAAACUCAAAUACCCAACAAGCAAAUCUCCCUCUGCGGUCUGUGCAUGCGUUAUGCUAGGUAACCUCGCCAUGUCAGAUGAAGUCUGUAUCGACAUGGUAAGUAUCAUGCAACUUCAUCUGCCGCUGCGAGAUAUGUUGUUCUUCGACAAACAUUCCGCGCUACUGUACGCCGCACUGGGUUUCCUACGACAUCUGGCAUUCCCGGAGCAAAAUCGCACGGAACUUGGUGAUGCGAGGGUCGUUGAGGCAUGCCAUGCGUACCUUGUCAAAGAAGCGGAUGAUCCAGCUGUGAGGGGUGAAGUUGCGGCCUUGCUGUGUAAGCUGGUGACCAACAACCCGAAGAACAUUGAAAGGGUGGUAUUUGACCGGGUUGGAGAAAGCAAAGACGAACAAGGCGAACUACCGCUUGAGUCAGUAUCGAAUGGACCGACGUGCUUUGAAGAUCUGGUCAAACAGUCCCUCGUGCCCGGAAAACCCUUACCGAGCACGUCGAUGAAGAACAUGAUGGUCGAAGCGGGACGGACCAUCGUGGCAAUACUCAGAUAUCUGGGAAGAGCGGUUACAGGCGGAGACUUGGACGUCGAUGCGGUUCGACUGCGCAUGUUCGAAUGCCCAGAUGUUGCCCGACCACUGGCUAAGCUCGUACGCCAACGCUUCUACGCAGAUGCGCGAUCAGAAGGUUUGCUAGGACUUGGACUUAUGGCACAGAGUCCUGAAGGCGCUUCAAGGGUGAUUGAUGAGAUCAAGGAUGAUGCUGGACUGCUAGAAGCUAUCAAGGAGUUUGCAGAAGGCAAAGAUGGUGGUGCUGAGCAACAGGGCCAGGCAGCUGGAAGGGACUACCAAAAUGCGGUCGUGCUGCUACAGGCUUUGCAGAAUCACUGGGUAUGUUCCAUGGCAUAG